AUGUUCAAUGUAGGAGAAAAUGUUGCUCACAGAGUGUUUUAUUUAUGCUCUUUGCUCAAUUAUAUCGAUCGUAAAUUCCGAUGCUACGCACAAUGACGAAAGAUUAUUGAAAGAUAGUCUGUUGUCAAAUUAUCGCAAUGAUAUAAAACCCGUUAUGAAUUUGUCGACAACAGUUAACAUAAAUAUUUUUACGACACUUUACACCCUCUAUGAUUUGGACUUUGUAAAUAAUUUACUAACGGCUCGCUACAUCAUUUCUUCAUUUUGGACUGAUGAAAAUCUUAACUGGAACCCUUUGGACUAUAACAACAUUACAUAUAUAUUUGUACCAAAAAAGAAAUUAUGGAAUCCAAAUUUAGUAAUGUGCAAUUCAUUGACACAGUCAGAAGAUAAAGAUAGCUUGGACGAUAUUCGCAUUUCUUACACUGGGUUCUUGACAAUGGUAUCAUUUACAUUACUACAAACUUAUUGUCAAGUGAAUGCUUACAGCUAUCCAUUCGAUGAACACAAAUGUGAAAUUCGCCUGUGUAGUGCAACGUAUGAUAGUAAUGAUGUAAAUUUAACAUCAUUUGCGUUAUAUGUGUACUCCAACGAAGAAAAUUAUAAAUGGUAUAUGAGUAUUAGCGAUCAGGAAACCUACAGUUCUUACGUAGUGGGCACAGUAUAUUUACGACGUAAACUCACAGUCGGUAUCAUAGCUAUGCUAAUUCCGACAGUAAUGAUGACUAUUUUAACAGUUUUUGUAUUUAUUCUGCCUCCUGAAUCAGGUGAGAAAGUUUCUCUAGCAACAACAAUAUUUUUAUCAAAUAUCUUGUAUCUUGUUCAAAUGGAUAAGAAUACACCAGCUAAUUCAAAAUAUCCUUCACUGCUUAUUUUAUAUUUAAUGGUGUUGUCAAUGGUAAGUGGCAUCGCCACACUUGGAUCGGUGGUUAUAAGCAAGCUGUAUGUUAAUCAAUCAUCACAAGAAAAUAAGUUGAAAUUAACAGAGGAAAGUAGAGAGAAAUUACAGAGAAACAAAGUUGCGGAUAUUUCAAUUAUUUCUACGGACCAUUCCGAAAUUUUAAUGAAAGGUGGUCUCCCGUGUAAGAAAAAGAGAAAUUUCAUUAUUGACUAUACACAACUGGAUGCGAUAUUUUUAAAACUUAUUAUUGCAGUCUUGGUAAUAAUUUCAAUAUCAUUCACGUCUUUGUUGUUUUCUCCAAUGGAGUAAGAAAAUAAUAUUUGUUACUCUUUCUUCAUAUCUUUAUAAAAAAAUAGUAGUACUGUUCUUUUUCGAACUCCAGCAUAUAUUAGAUCCGCAGUGAAUAUUAUAUUUUGUUUUGCUGGGGAGCAAAUAUAUGUAGAAAUUUCUCAGUAUUGCUUGAAGCACUAAGCACUG